GAGGAGAAUUUUCUGUGAAAAAAUCAAUUUUAGAUACUGAAAACGGCCCCGACCGGGCCCAAAACGAGCAACAAUGGAAACCACCGGGGAUCUUCUGACGAUUAACAACUUUUUCGAGAACGACAUGCUGGAUGGGAGCAGUGGUUUAGAGUUUCCCGAUUUAGAUUUCAUUUACGCGGAUGCGGACUCGCACGCCAACGAGAUCGCCGAACUGUACAGCUACACCGAGCAGGCCGAGUUCCAGCACAAUGUAAAGGCUUUCGAAGAUCAGAUGGAGUACUACAAACUGCCACCGAGCUGGCAAAAACUUUCCGAGAAGGAACAGCGCAGUAUUAUUCUCAAACUGUUGGACCAGUUGGAUAUGUCGAAGAAAAGUCUCCGCAUGAAGGCGGCUCGUUGUAUCCUGUAUCUGGCGCAGGGCUGCUGGGCGGAGGUUCAGUGCGACCAGGAGCAGCAAGUCAUUGCGCGGAAAAAUGUUAUGCUACUCUACGAGGCCGGUGUCUUCGGAGCGUUUGUGGAGUUACUGAAUUUAGAGAUUGAGAACUCAACAACUGCUAGCGUUGCGAUGCGUAAGGUUGCAGUGUCGCUAGCGGAUUCGGUUGAUUUGAGGGUUAUCCUGUCGGUUUUGUACAUCUUUACCGAGGUGAUACGUGCGGAAAAGGAAAGUGGAGGCGACGAGUACGCUCAAAUUGUAUCCAAUUUUACCAAUGAGAUCACAUAUCCCAUCGGUGACGAGCUACUCUCGGUAAAGCUACUGGGUAUGAUAACCAAAUUCUGUAGCGGACUGGCACCACACUUUCCGAUGAAGAAAGUGCUCCUGCUACUGUGGAAAGUGUCCCUCGUUUCUCUGGGUGGAAUGGAAACGCUAAAACAACUAAAAGAUGAAUACCGUGAAGCGGCUGGUUUGCCCCAGAACAAGGAGGACACCCUAGAGGUGUCGAAGGUAAUGCGCGCCAGCUCGCCCCCGAUCACGGCACCCUCGAACGAGGACAAUCAGAACCCGAAGCGGAGCAAGCCCUUUCGAAGAAGCUUGAUAAAACAAAGUUCACUGGACGAGCAGGAGCAGAUCGGACUUGAGAUGGAAACACCUUCGACCGAAGCCGAAGAGGAACUUUCGGAAUACUUUCGCCAGUAUGAGGAUCCGAUUAACAGCAGUGCCACGGCACCCAACAUGGACAUCCCGUUGGAAAGCAAUGGAGAUGAAACAACCCCACCGGCUGAUACGCAAGAACCGAUAGAGCAACCAACCAACAAACUGCCGUGGGCACCGAAAAUUCGCCGGAAAGAUAUUGAUAUCUUCUUGAACACGUCGAGAAGUAAAUUUAUCGGUUACGUUCUUAAGGAUGACCAGCAAACGCUGGCCGGGCUGCCACAGCCUAUUCAGGAGGGAUUCUACACGCUUAAAAAGCACAUGUACAUCAGCCUGGCCGAUGUGCAGAUCAAGAAGGAGGAGGACAUCACCCGGAAUCCGAUUUCGACGUCGGAGGGUGACAUUCCGCAGACUCCCACCGAAAUUCUGUACCAAGCAAUACUCCCGAAUCUUCCGCAGUAUAUGAUUUCGCUGCUGAAGAUCCUGCUGGCGGCGGCACCCACCUCGAAGGCGAAAACCGAAAGUAUCAACAUUAUGGCCGAUGUGCUGCCCGAGGAUAUGCCGAUGACCGUCACCCAAUCCACCAAGCUGGGCAUCGACGUCAGCCGACACAAGGAGAUCACCGUUAAAGCCGUCUCGGCCAUUUUGCUGCUCUAUUUGAAGCACUUUAAAAUCAAUCACAUCUACCAGUUCGAAUUCAUGUCGCAACAUCUAGUGUUUGCCAACUGCAUCCCGCUGGUGUUGAAAUUCUUCAACCAGAACAUCAUGAGCUACGUCGGUUCCAAAAACGUAAUCCCAAUCAUGGACUUUCCUUCGUGCGUCAUCGGCGAACAGCCGGAGCUGACGUCCGAAUCCCUCAUCAUCGGUGACUCGGCACCGUACUCCUGGCGGAACGUAUUCUCCUGCAUUAAUCUGCUGCGCAUUUUGAACAAACUAACCAAGUGGAAGCACUCCCGCAUCAUGAUGCUGGUGGUGUUCAAAUCGUCUCCGAUUCUGAAGCGCACCCUCAAGGUCCGGCACGCUCUCAUGCAGCUGUACGUGCUGAAGUUGCUGAAAAUGCAAACCAAAUAUCUCGGCCGGCAGUGGCGAAAGUCGAACAUGAAAACCAUCAGCGCCAUCUACGCCAAGGUGCGCCACCGACUGAACGACGAUUGGGCGUUCGGGAACGAUCUGGACGCUAGGCCGUGGGAUUUCCAGGCGGAGGAGUGUGCCCUGCGGAACUGCGUCGACCGGUUCAACAAUCGGCGCUACCUGCAAACGAGCGCACCGGAUAUCAUCGCCAGUGAGUACGAUGACCCGCUCGAGGGUGGUGAUGUUGGGAAUGGGGGUGGUGGUGGUGGUGGAAGCCACGGGGGAAACGCACACACCGCUAACGGAGGUGGAGGCCGCAAACCGGAGGACGUCGAACUGAGCGAAGAGUUCAAGCAAAACUACGAACUGUGGCUCCAGCAGGAGGUUUACAACAACAAUGUCGACUGGGACUUGCUGCUCUCCAGUGAGGAUCUGGCGUAAGGAAGCAAUUGAACAUAAAAGAAAAGAAAAACAAAAACGAUUGUGUGCAAAAUUAUUGACUACGCAACGGAAUAAACUA